GCGCAUUGUGUGUUGGUGGGGGGGGGGCUGCUCACGAGCCGGAAGCGUUCUCUCCCGGGUGGCAUUUUCUUCCUGUGUGAGGCUGGUGUGCGUUCCUGCUGCGGCUGUUUCUGUGCCGGGGUUAACAAUCAAAAUGGUACAUGCUGAAGCCUUUUCUCGACCCUUAAGCCGGAACGAAGUUGUUGGUCUAAUUUUCCGUUUGACAAUAUUUGGUGCAGUAACAUACUUUACUAUCAAAUGGAUGGUAGAUGCAAUUGAUCCAACCAGAAAGCAGAAAGUAGAAGCUCAGAAACAGGCAGAAAAGCUAAUGAAGCAAAUUGGUGUGAAAAACGUGAAGCUUUCAGAGUAUGAAAUGAGUAUUGCUGCUCACCUAGUAGACCCUCUUAAUAUGCAUGUUACUUGGAGUGAUAUAGCAGGUUUAGAUGAUGUUAUUACAGAUCUGAAAGAUACAGUCAUCUUACCUAUCAAAAAAAAACAUUUGUUUGAGAAUUCUAGGCUUCUGCAGCCUCCCAAAGGUGUUCUUCUGUAUGGGCCUCCAGGCUGUGGUAAAACAUUGAUUGCUAAGGCUACAGCCAAAGAAGCUGGCUGUCGAUUUAUUAACCUUCAGCCUUCAACACUGACUGAUAAGUGGUAUGGAGAAUCUCAGAAAUUGGCUGCUGCUGUGUUCUCCCUUGCCAUAAAGUUACAGCCUUCCAUCAUCUUUAUAGAUGAAAUAGACUCCUUUCUACGAAACCGAUCAAGCUCUGACCAUGAAGCUACAGCCAUGAUGAAAGCACAGUUUAUGAGUCUCUGGGAUGGAUUGGAUACUGAUCACAGUUGCCAGGUCAUAGUGAUGGGAGCGACUAAUCGUCCUCAGGACCUUGACUCUGCUAUAAUGAGAAGAAUGCCUACAAGAUUCCAUAUCAACCAGCCUGCACUAAAACAAAGAGAAGCAAUCUUGAAGCUCAUUUUGAAAAAUGAAAAUGUGGACAGGCAUGUAGACCUGCUAGAAGUUGCUCAAGAAACUGAUGGGUUUUCAGGAAGUGAUCUGAAAGAAAUGUGUCGAGAUGCUGCCCUCCUCUGUGUCAGGGAAUAUGUUAAUUCUACAUCAGAAGAAAGACAUGAUGAAGAUGAAAUCCGGCCUGUGCAACAGCAAGACCUGCAUCGGGCAAUUGAAAAGAUGAAGAAAUCAAAGGAUGCAGCAUUUCAGAAUGUUUUAACACAUGUGUGUUUAGAUUAAGAGUAAAGAUCAUUUGUAUAGUUCAGUGAUCUAGUUUGUUGUGCCCUCUUAUCAGUUAGCAGAAGUAGAGUGGAAGGAGUAUUCUUAAAAGAGUGAGAGUGUCCUAUGUUUAUGGUUUUAUACUCUGAAUUCUAAGUUAUUGAGAUAUAGUUAUAUAAGUGGUAUUACUACUUGUCAAAAAUCAUGAAGAGGAACAAUUUAAUCUAGCCCAAGUGUGGGUGCUUGUGUUUGACCUCUUUAGCCAUAUGUUGUCACAGCCUUAUAGAAUCUAAGCUGGUCUUAAAGGAAUAAAUGACUUGUUCAGUCAUUGGUGAGAAGUGGGGAUGUGGUGAGGUGCUGGUUCUAGACAUGUGUGUCUGUGUAUGUAUGUGUGUAUGUAUGUGUGUACAUUAAGUGUAUAUUGCCCACACAUUUUUUUAUUGACAUUCUGUAGAUAUGUUUGAAUACAGAAACCUUUUUUUACCCCAACCACUGAAUGCAAAACUACCAAAUAGUAUAUAGCAAAACUACAAUUUAAGGUUGUAUCGUAACAGGUACAGUGAUUCAGCCAUUUCUAGUUGUCAUUUGUUUUAGCCUUUUCUAAGUUGAGUGUUUUUCAGUCUGCAAUUGAUUAGUUGAAUCAGGGACAUCUGAAUAUAUAUGUGGCUUAAUUAUAAUGGUUAUAAGUAUAAUCACAUAAAAAUACUUGUUUAGGCAGAUGUGUGACCAGCGCUGAUUUCACCUCCUUCUGCAAGCACAUUAAGAAGACUUUUUAAACGAUGUUAUAUUGAUUUACAUGAAGGUGGAUUGAAAGCCUUUUAAAAGAAUGGGUUUGAAAAACUUCACCUUUUAAGAUGUGUACAUGACUGUCUUUCCUUCUUUUAAUUUAAUAGUUCUGUUGUAACCAUGUCUUUAAAAUGCCAUUGAAAGUUAUAUGUUUUGUAAAUUAUGGUCAAAUAUAAUUUGGUCACCAAAAAUUAAAUAAUAAUUUAAGUACCUGUUACUAAAUGUACUAAAAAUACUCAUUUUGUAACUUUAAUUUAAAAAAAUGUUCUCAGCUUAUUAUAAAUUGUGACCUCUUUAAGUACAAAAGUACAGAUCAAAAUUCACAUAUGUGUAGUCAUUUGAUGUUAUGUGUUCUACAUAUGAAACAUUGUCUUGUUUCAAAUUCUACUAUCCAGAAUUGUGUUACAGGCACCUAAACACACAGCAUGAGGAAAAUGGCACAACACAAUCUUAAGGUGCCUUCUGAAUCAUCAGAAAUACUGUUUCAGAUGCUUUCAUUUUUGUUAUAUUUAUUUGAAAACUCCAUCUUUGUUCAUGAGUUAUUGUAUUAACUUAGUUUCUCUAAAAAUGCUUCUCACAGAAACCUAUUGGAUAGUUUAUUCAUUCACUUGUACUUUGAUGGGGGAGAGUUUACAGGACAAUACUUUGCAUAGCAAAAAGCAAGUUAUGAAGGGUGAAGAUGAUGAAAAAAUGAAUGCAAAAUACAAGAUACCAAAAAUUUAAAAAUUGUCCCAUUUCUAAUAAUUAUACUACUAUUUUAUAAAUUUAUAAUAAAAGGGGUCCUACUUUGUUAAUUUUUCCCCACUUAAUCUGUGGUCUUUUUAGUUAAAUUUUAGGGGUUUCAGGUUUAAAAAACUUGUAUUUGGACAGUUUAUUUUGCAUACAUUUUAGUAUCUAAUCACAUAUUCUGAUUUAAUACAAAUUUCAGGGGCCGGAGACUUAGCUCAGUGGUGUCACCACCUGCCUCGCAAGCUCAAAGUCCCAAGUUCAAUCCCUGGUACCAAAAAACAAAAACACAUUUCAGUAAUUGUUUAAUUUUAAUCUGAUAGCUAGUUGAUUAGAAGUGGUAAUGUAUCCCUCCUUGUGUCCUUUCUUUUUAUCUUAUAUUCAAUUCAGAAUGUCCAGUUGUAGCUACUGAAUGUGUCAUGGUUUUAAUCAUCAAAUGAAGGUAGAGAAAUAACCCAACCCCAACAUCCAGGACUUAUCUAGACAUGUUAAGGCUGUAAAGUAAAUGAGAAAACUAUUUUUCUAUGAUUUUAAAUAACUUUUAAAGUUAUAUAAUAUCUAUCCUUAUAUUUUAGACGUACCUACAUGUCUGAAGUUAGAUCCUAGGUUCCAAAACAUUUCACUUUUGGUAACACUUUAAAUGUAUUGCCUCUAGAAUCAGACUUCUGAGUUUAACUCCACUCUCCCCAUUAAUUAACUGUGUCCUUGGACUAGUUGCCUUGUUUAGUUUAUUUGAGGGUGGGUCUCACUAUGUUGCCUACACUGGACUUAAACACUUGGACUCAAGCAAUCCUCCUGCUUUAGCCCUCUGAGCAGCUAGGACAAUAGGUGCAUGCCAUCAUACCUGACUAGUCAACAUAUUUCAGCCUGUUGCUCAUCUAUAAAUGGGGCGAUACAACACCCGCCUUAGAGCGUGGGACAGUGAGAUUAUGUAAGGCACUUGGUGCAGUGCCUAUCACAGAGGCACUGCUCCAAUGAUAGCUAUCGUAUUAUUAAUGGUAUUACUUUUCCAUGCUGAUGUGCAUAUCCUAUUGGGCAGGUUCAGUCUUUAAGCAUUUCCAUGCUUAAAUAUUUUCUAUCAUCCCUCUGCCUGCAGUCUAGGUAUUGAGAUUAAAAGGAUCACCUGUGUGCCCUAAACGGAAGAUUUCUGAUGUCUGGUGUCUCAUGAGAUUCCUGUGCCAUUUUAGUCAGAAAUUAGAGAUCAAUAUUUGAAUCAAUUUCAGUAUUGCCUUUAUUAUUUCUUUUCUGUGUUGUCUAGCCCCCUCCCCUGCAGAUAGACUCACUUCAUCUGUAGAGGGGCUGGAAUAACCUAAGUAUUCUGUAUGGACCAUAAUAAUCUAACAUUAUUUAGAGUCUGUCACAGGCCUGAAACUAGAUGAGGAUGUCUCAAUCCUUGAUGGGUAAAAAUGAUAGCAGCAUCUCACUGGAAGGAAUUUUUUUUUCCCACUAGAAUCGUGUUGUUUAUGGACAAGUGAUACAGCUUUCUUCUGCAUAAAGAAAAUAAACUGAAUAAUAUACA